CACGAAGCAAGUAAGCAAGCAGGCAAGCAAAGCAGGACCACACAGCAACUGCCACCGCAGUGCCACAAGGCAAACAACGCGUCUGUCUCAGCAACCGAACCGUUGGUUGAAGCAACCCAAAACAAGCAAAGCAGAGCAAGCAAACAAAGCAUCAUGUCGUCCAGUCCAAAGACAACUCAGGGCAAGCAGAUGAAGUACAUCCUCGUCACCGGUGGCGUGAUUAGCGGCAUCGGUAAAGGAAUCAUCUCCAGCUCCCUCGGCACCAUCAUCAAGGGCUAUGGCCUGCGUCCAACCUCCAUCAAGAUCGACCCUUACCUCAACAUUGACGCUGGUACCUUUUCCCCCUAUGAGCAUGGUGAGGUGUAUGUGCUUGACGAUGGCGGCGAGGUUGACCUUGACCUGGGCAACUACGAGCGGUUCCUGGACGUCACGCUGUGCCGCGACAACAACAUCACCACGGGCAAGGUGUAUCAGAAUGUCAUCCAGAAGGAGCGACGUGGUGACUACCUUGGCAAAACCGUUCAAGUUGUGCCGCAUGUGACCGACGAGAUUCAGAACUGGGUUGAGCGCGUGGCAGCGCGGCCGAACUCCGAUGGCGAAUCAGCCGACGUCUGCAUCAUCGAGCUGGGUGGCACGAUUGGCGACAUUGAGAGCAUGCCGUUUGUCGAGGCGUUCCGCCAGUUCCAGUUCCGCGUCGGUUCAGACAACUUUCUCCUCGUGCACGUCAGCCUGAUCCCCCAGCCGUCGACGACGGGCGAGCAAAAGUCGAAGCCGACGCAGCACAGUGUGCGGGAGCUGCGCGGCCUGGGCCUCAGUCCCGAUUUCAUUGUCUGCCGCAGCAAAAACCCGCUGCAAGAGGGCAUCAGCAAGAAGAUUGCAAUGUUCUGCCACGUCCCCGAGAACCAGGUUGUUGCUGUUCCGGAUGUUGAUUCCAUCUACCGCGUGCCGCUCGUGCUGCUGGAGCAAGGCCUGAUGGACUGCAUGUGGGAAAAAUUCAAGCUGCCCCCACCCCAAAUUGACGAGCCUUUGCGCAAGUGGCGCUGGCUGGCGGACCGCUGCAAGUUUGUGCGGGAGAAAGUGCGCAUUGUGCUUGUGGGCAAGUACACUGGCCUUGGCGACGCGUAUCUCUCCGUCAUCAAGUCGCUCCAGCACAGCUGCGUGUACGCUGGCCGCCAACUCGACCUUGAGUUUGUGGAGGCGUCUGCGCUCGAGGAGGAUGUGCUGCACAAGGACCCUGUCGCCUUUCACCGCGCCUGGCAGACGCUGUGCUCGGCAGAGGGUAUUCUUGUUCCCGGCGGGUUUGGCUCUCGUGGCAUUGAGGGAAAGAUUGCUGCUGUCAACUGGGCACGCACCAAGGAGAUUCCAUAUCUCGGCAUCUGCCUUGGUCUGCAGGUCGCUGUCAUCGAGUUUUGCCGCAAUGUGAUUGGGUGGAAGGAUGCCAACACGACGGAGAUUGCGCCGACGUGCGAGCACAAGGUUGUGAUUGACAUGCCGGAGCACACCCCCGAGCAGAUGGGCGGCACCAUGCGUCUUGGCCGCCGGCGCACCGUCUUUGUCAAGCCAGACUGCCUGACACGGAAGCUGUACAACAACGUGGACUAUGUUGAGGAGCGGCACCGCCACCGCUACGAGGUCAACCCGGACUUGGUGGAGGAGAUUGAGGGCCACGGCCUGCGGUUUGUUGGCCACGACGUCGACGGCAAACGCAUGGAGAUUCUUGAGCUGCCCGAUCACCCCUUCUUCGUUGCUGUGCAGUACCACCCGGAGUUUCUCUCCCGUCCGCUUCGGCCGUCCCCGCCUUUCCUCGGCUUUGUGCUGGCGGCAUCGGGCAUACUGGACGCGUAUCUCGCUGGCAACCGCAUCUCCCCCGAGUACCUCGAGUCGCAGUCAGCCAUGUCCAGCCCGGGGUCCGUGGCCGCAGAGAAGCACCUGGCACGCACGCCGCUCGCCUCGCUCGACGCUUCCACAGCAGCGCUGUCUCUCUCGCCGGUGCCCACCGCCCCCAACGGCACUGCACACGCAGCUGACGCGGCCAAGGACUGCAAGGACACAAAGCCCUCACACACCACCAUCUAGGCGGGCGCACUGACACCACAACCACGCCAUGGCGUCUUACAUGUGCUCAUGUCCUGCUUGUGUGUUGGUCAUGUUUAGUCAGUCAUGCUGGUGCCGCUUGCUUACUUGCUUGUUUGCUUGCUUGCUUGCACGUUGCUCACCAUUUGGCGCUUGCAUAGCCCCUUUCCCACUUCAUGUUCACACAGAACUGGUGUCUUCUCUACCUGCUGGUUGUUGCUGGAAACGUUAUCCCCGUCCCCCCCCCCUCUUUUGCAUCUUUCCAUGUGUUUUGUUGUUUGUAUGUGACCUCAUAGCUUACUUGCUCCACCUAGCUUCGUGUGCUUUGCAUCUGUGCGUUUCAUUCCUCACGUGUUUGAUGCUCUUGCUUGUGCGUGUGUGCCGUAUAAACAGCCGAAAUCAUGGUCUUGACGUGGCAAACACGCGCACAUGCAAACACACGCGCGCAUCACGCGCACUCGCA